AGAGAGGUGAGUUAACGCGAAGGUUAUUCUACAUGAGGGAGGAAGUGCUCUGGACCAAAACACAGCUGCAAAACAACCGAGAGGCUUUUAUUCUGUAGCAGAUUAUUCUUCUUCCAAUCAUCACAGGAGAGGUGAAGCAUCAUGGGGAAACACAACAGUAAGCUGGCCCCGGAGGUUCUGGAUGACCUGACUAAGAACACUGAGUUCAACGAGGCCGAGCUGAAGCAGUGGUACAAAGGCUUCCUCAAAGACUGUCCCUCCGGCAUCCUCAACCUGGAGGAGUUUCAGCAGCUCUACGUUAAGUUUUUCCCAUAUGGUGACGCUUCAAAGUUUGCCCAGCAUGCGUUUCGGACGUUUGACAAGAACGGCGAUGGGACCAUCGACUUCAGAGAGUUCAUCUGCGCCCUGUCCAUCACCUCCAGGGGAAGCUUUGAGCAGAAACUCAACUGGGCCUUCAACAUGUACGAUCUGGACGGAGAUGGGAAGAUCACUCGCGUGGAGAUGCUGGAGAUCAUCGAGGCCAUCUACAAGAUGGUCGGCACUGUGAUCAUGAUGCGUAUGAAUGAGGACGGCCUGACCCCGCAGCAGCGCGUGGACAAGAUCUUCUCCAAGAUGGACAAGGACCACAACGAUGAGAUCAGCCUGGACGAGUUCAAAGAGGCGGCCAAGUCUGACCCCUCCAUCGUCCUACUGCUGCAGUGUGACAUGCAGAAGUAGAGUGAGGCAUGGGUGGGAGACAAAGGGAGGGAGGGAGG